AGAGCGGCUUGCGCUUCUACGACGUGGCGGCGGGCAAGGGCAGGCUGGCGGAGCAGGGCGACCCCGUCGUGGUGCACUUUGACGUGACGUAUCGCAGCCUCACGGUGGUGUCCAGCCGUCAGUCCAAGCUGCUGGGCGGCAACCGCGUCAUCUCCCAGCCAUACGAGUUCUCACUAGGCGCCAAGCCGGGCGCGGAGAGGAAGCGUGAGUACGCGGAGUCGGCCAACGGGCUCUUCUCCGCGCAGGCGGCUCCCAAACCGCCCCGCGCGCUCUACAGCGUGGUGGAGGGCAUGCGCGAGGGCGGCAAGCGCACAGUGAUUGUGCCGCCGGAGCAAGGUUACGGUGACAAGGGCUUCGCUGAAAUCCCUCCGGGCGCCACCAUCCAGCUCACAGUGGAGCUGCUCGAGGUUGAGGAUCUGCUGGCGUCAUUUGAUAGCAGCGCUGACGUGGUGGCGCUGAGUCAGCAGCGCACGGGGUGCUCGUGCUACCACAUCCGCAACAACUACUGCUGCUCGCAGAACCUCUGCCUUUGCUCGCCCAUGUGCUGGAACGGCCAGCAGAUGAUCUCGCUGGGGCAGCCACAGUGCGAGGCAGCGAGGGAGCACGCCCCGCCGCCCCCCAACGAGGGCAAGCCCAUCCUGCGGGCGGUGGGGUGCCACAAGGCGGUGGAGUUCAGCGAGGCGCUGCGCGUGGUCACAGACGAGGCCGUCAACUCGCUCGUGCACCUCCGGGCUGCUGGGGGAGGCGGGGGAGGAGGGGGGGAAGGAGGGGGGGAAGAGGGGGGAGAGGGGGCGGUGGAGGGGAAGGGGUGGCUGGAGACGCGGCGGCGAGUGGAGUGGCGGUUUGGGCUCACGCUGUUGCAGCGGUUUGACUACCAGGCCGUGAACGUGGCUCACUUCAUAGGCAAGGCGUUCACGCUGCUGCUGGCCAACAACUUCACAGACCCGCCCGUGCUGCACCCCCUUGUGGCGCGCUUCAUGCUGCCGCGCGACGACUUCACGCUCGAACGGUGGCGCAUGGGGGGUGGCUACGCCAUCCACGCGUUGGUGCUACAGGCGCUCAUUGAGUUUGCCCUCACGCCUCUCCUCACGCCACAGAUGCACACCUCCUCUCAGCUGCACGAGCACCGCACGUUGGGGGACGAGCCCAUGGCGAACGGGCUGGUGGAGUUUGAGGGCGCGUGGCGGCGCGCCACGGAGGAGGAGCCGCUGUGCUUCCAGCGGGUGCUGCUGCCGGGGAUACUCAAGGGCCAGGUGUUCCCCUCGUCACCUGCCCAGGCCGGCUACCUGCAGCGCCACCUGCGGGUGAAGCUGCGCCUGCAGCCGCCCCCCGUGGUGCUGUGGGGGCCGGAGGGCGCGCAGGGGUGGCGGGCGCGCGUGCUGUACAUCACCCGCCUGGGGGCGGAGCUCAGGCAGCGCCGCACGUUCGUGCCGGAGAGCCACGAGGCGCUGCUGCGAGUGAUGGAGGAGAUGAACAUGGAGGUGAGCAUGGCGGAGCUGAGCCAGCUGACCUUCAAGCAGCAGUUUGACACCAUCCAGUCGGCCGACAUCAUCCUCUCCCUGCACGGCGCCGCGCUCGCCAACCCGCCGCUCUUUGCACGGCGCACCACGGCAGUGGUGGAGAUCAUGCCGUACCACGUGCUGCACGAGACCUACUACGCCAUGGCUUUAAGUGCCGGCCUCCCCUACUUCAUGAAGAUGUGCCGCCGAGGAAGCUUCCAGGCAGGGGACCGCGCUGAGGUGGACGGGCUGAGCUUGUACGACUGCACGCACGGGCAUCCCGAGUGCAAGGAGUAUUUCACGCACCGGCGGCGGGUGGAGCUCACAGAGGAGGAUUUGAGCGACCUGAGAGUGAUACUUGGCACGGCGAGGGAGGUGGUGGCGGCAGGGCGGGGGGGCAUGGGGGAGGUGGUGCGGCCGGAGGAGCUGCCAGGGUGGGCGGAGAGGCGGUUUGGGGAGCGCUGUGUGGCGCGGGAUGCCGGGCUGUUCUGCCGGAAUGACUUUGUGCGGAUAGUGGGCGGCAUGGGGGAUUUCACGUGUGUGUUUUCAAGGGAUUGUGAAGGCCAGGAGCAGCCACAGUGA